AUGGCCCAGCCCCAGCCUCAACAGCAGCAACAAGACCAACAACCGAAAAUCCCCACCAGAAAAGAAGCCGAAGACGAAUCUGUCGUGCCGGUCCCGCAAGCUGGCGACCGGGCCCCGUCGUUGGGUGAUAAAGUCCACUUUCCGUCGGAUAAACCGGUGAUCGUCCAAGUAGGAGGGGAAUGGGACGUCCUCGUGCUCGCAGACCCAGAUCGCACGCUGUUCCAUGCUUGGGGUCUAGGGCUCAGUUCGACGUGGUAUGCGCUUAAUCCUGUGGCGCUGUGGAAUACGUGGAAGUUGGGGACUGAUGAGGGGAUUUGGAACCGGAGCUCCAACAGCGGAAGUAGAUGGCAGAUUGGCGGUGCCUUUGCCGUGGAUCGGGAUGGGUUGGUGACGUGGGCGAAGCCAGCGCAGAGUGCGGAUGAGGUGCCGGAUUUUAAGGAGGCGUUGAGGGCUUUGGGGGGGAGAUGA